CGAGCAAUAAUAUAAAUAUACAUGAUAAUGUGAAUUGUAGCUCUUAACUGUGUGUACGACUAUUGAAAUCUCUAAAUUAUUUAUACACUUUGUUUAAUAUUUCAAAAAAUAUGACUGAUGAAAGAAGUACUCCUAAAUCAUACGAAAUGUAUUUAGAGGAUAAUGACAGUACAUCGUCCAUUUCUUCCUGUGAUUGUAGUGAUAUUAAUUCUCAUAAUUCUAAUAGUGACUGGAUGUCUGAAGUUAAUUUCAAAGGAGAAUUAUUUUAUAUUAAAAGUUCUCCUCGAAAAAUUCACAAUUUCAGUAAACGAGAUAUGGGUUCACCAAACUAUCAGGAAAAAAGGAAAACUGCUACUAGUAAGUUUGUGAAGUUAUUAAAACGAAAAAAUAGAAGAAGAGAUAGAAGUGAUACUUGUAAACAAGGUGGAAAUACAAAUAAAGUUACCUUUUUGGAUACUCAAGAGUUUGAAAUUAAAGAAGUUACUAUUGUUGUAAAUGAUGACAAUUGUAGCAAUUUUGGAAGGAGAGCAACAUUAUCUGAGAAAUUAUUAGGUUUUUCUACAUCAGUGUUUGAAGAUAAAUCUCGUGUGAUGGUUACUUCAAUUAUUCCUGAUACUUUUAUUGACAGUCAAAAAAUAAUAAAAAUAGGAGAUUGGCUCAAAAUGAUAAAUGGAGAAAUUAUAACAGCGAAUACAUUAAAAGAAAUUUUAUCAAAAAUUAAUCCACCUACUACAGUUACUGUAGUUGUUCAAAGAUUAGCAGCUAGUUUGGUUGAAAUAGAUAGAUAUGUUAGUGGUCAGUUAUCUUCUUAUUAUUCAUCCAAUACUACUCAUGACAUUUUGAUAUCUGAACUACUUAAGUAUCCUAUAGGAAUUAUGUUCCUAAUGGAUAAUAUACCUGAAGCUAUUUAUAUUUAUCCUAAAAAGUCUUCAAUAUUUUAUCAAAUCAGAGGAGCUUUUCAAACUAUAAUUAACAUUACUCCUAAAAUAGUUAAAGAUCAAGUUUCAAGUACUUCCAUGCUGUAUGAUGAUCAACUUGUACAUUCAUUGUUUUGGUUAGAAGACCUAGGUACCCUAAUAUUCAUUGUGCCGGAUUCUAAGUUGAAUAUAAAUCAUGCCAAGUGGAUAAUGGCUAAUGUUGUAAAAUAUUUAUGUUUUUGCUAUAAAAAUUUAAACAACUGUUUUUCAAAAUCAGAAAAUUCUUCUUCAUUAGAUAGGUACUUUUCAAUUAUGUUUUCAGAAUUGUUUUGUAUUAAUAUUUUUCAAGACAUUAUAAAAUUAAAAAAAAUAGAACAGAUUUUUUCAGCCUCUAAAUCUGUUCCUUUAGCAAGAAGUGUACAAAUGGAGUUGGACGACAUAUUAAAUGAAUUUGAAGCAAACUAUAUAUAUGAAGAUAUGAAACAACAAAGGCCUUAUAACAUCAUUGGAACUUCUAUUUAUUACAAGGAAUAUUUGCUGGCCUCACAUUUAAAUUAUAAUGAUCAUUUAGAUGUUUACACUUUUUGUCAACAAAAUGGUCUUUUUCAUAUUUUACAUACAGAAUAUUUAGAACGUUUAAUUAUAUUUCAACAAGUCUAUCCGUCAUCAAGUAGAAAUAACUAUUCUUCUAUCGAAUCAGUUUAUAUAUUGCCAAAAGCUGUAUGGUAUUUGUUAUUAGUUGGUCGGGGAAAAAAUUUGAUGGCAACUCUUUUAGAAGUUGGACCUCACUGUUCAAAAUCUGAAGUUUGUAAUGGUCCUGAUGUAAAUUAUGUCGAGGAAGCUGAAGAUACGCUUGAAAAUAUUUUGAAUAUGAAUAUUGAUGAAGUAGUGAACAAAUGGAUUAAUGGUAAUUUAUUUGAAAUAAAUCAAGAAAGUAUAAAAAAUCAAUCAAGUAUUAAUACAAGAGAUUCACCGGUCAAAAAACCAGAAAUAAUUUCAAUAUUGAAACAUAAAAAUGAAACUUCAUCUCCAAUAUUGUAUUUUGACUCAAAACAAUGUGAUUCAUUAUCAGAAACAAGCUUAACAAGUAGUGGUGCUCAAAGUACAGAGGAUGGUAUGUAUGUUCAAGGUCCUGUAUUAGGAAGGCGAGCUGAAAGAAUGAUGAAAGCAUCUUCUCUUGAUUGGUCUGACAACUCUGAUGAUUGUACAAUUUCGGAAAGUUCAAGAUCAAUAGAUAAUUCUGAUAGCAAUAAGAGUAUAGCUGUACUACCCAAUAAGUUUAAUAUAAACAAAUUAAACAUGUUGUUUUACUUCAUUGACUUAAAUUGUGAAACUGGAAUUAUGUUAUGUUCCCCAACUAUGUUUAAUAAUGAUCUUAUGGGUAAAAAUAUGAUAGAAAUGAUUGAAUACAAUUUCAAUAAGACAGUUGACAUAAUACAUGAAUCAUUCAAUGAAUCAAUACAAGAUGAUAAUGAAAUAGAUGAAGUUAAUGUGUUAUUUAAAAUACCUUCCAAUAUUGAUUCUCCAAAAAAAUCGACUGCUAUUUCAUUUUGUGUAACUGGGAAACUACUUAAAAUACCUGCAAGGCGUGAAAUUUAUAUAUGUUAUGAAGAUGGAGUACCUCAAAAUAUGGUUGAAAUUGGAUUCAAGUUAGGGAUAUGUGCUGUUGGAUAGUUGAUUAUGUUUGAUAAAAAAAUUAUUUUAAGUUUGGUUCUAAUUAAUUUAAAUUAUUUAAAUUAAAUGAUGAAGUCAAAUGGGUUUUAAGAUUAUCUAGUAAUAUUCAAUUAACCAGUUAAGACAAUAUCUGCCUUAAAUUUUUAGUACAGGUAUAAAUAAAUUUGUACUCAUCAUUUUGGUUAUAAUGAAUGAAACGUUGAAUGAUAUUAUAAACAGUAGGGUGACCAUAUGUUACAUUGGUAGGUUUUUUUUUUUGAAUAAUAUUUAUUAUUAUGUAUUCUGAAUUGUAACCCUCUAGAAUUGUUGGAAUCCCCAAAAAAAAUAAUUGUGCAAAAAUUAGUGAUGAUUGUCAAACUUUCAAAAGUUUUUUUUGAUUCCGUUGAAGUGAAGUCUUCAAUAUUUUUUUUUUAUAUUCAUAAAUUCCAUUUAAACCUAAAACUACACAUUUGUGCGUACUUGGAGCUUCUUCGUGAUUAUUAAAUGAAUUUACCAUUUUAAUUUUAGUAUUUUCAGACAAAUCAUCAUCAAAAAAUGCCAAUGCUGCUAUUUCGGAUACUGAAUACCAUAAGUGACCAGACAAGUCUUUUAAAACUACUUUAGAAAUAUCUAUAUCUAUUGUUUCAUCUUCAAUCAUACUUUUUAUAAAUUGUAAAUCUAAAUUUGAUGUUAAUGAAGUAUUAGGUAGACUAAAACAUUGUUUAAUAUAUACACUUAUUUAAAAAAUUACAUAACAAACGAAUAUCGUUAAAUACUUGGAUAAUACAAAUUGAUUUAUAAACAAAAAUAUUUUUAAACAAUAAAGGGUCUUUGCCAUCCAACAAGUAUGAUGAAUAGACCCAGGAAGUCUAAAAUAAAUCGCAUUCAGAGGU